CAUGUCUAAAAUCCAUUAAUGAAGUUUUGAUUUGAAGGAAGGAGACGACUUCAACGGCAGAAAAACAAUUCCCGCCGCUUUACCACACUCCGAAACCGUAAUCUCCCGGCGUUUUUGCUGCCAACGCACCGCAAUUCCGCUGCAAAAUCAGUUAAACUGAGCUUGAACAACAAUUGUUUCCUUCCGAUCGCGCUUCGGAAUAGGCAGUAGAAGAGAAUGAAGAUCAAAGGAAGCAAAGUCACCGGAGGAAGCUGGACAACCCUAGGCCUGCCUUUAAUUUUCCUUUUAUGCCUCUUCUUCUUCCUCGCCGGUUUCUUUGGCGCUUCUCUUUUCUCUCAGCAGGAGAGUCCUACUGGUAAUUUGAGGCCGCGGACGAGGGAAUUGGUGGAGGAAGUGAUGGAUUUGAAGGGGAUCCCACACGGAGAUUCCGGCGAGGACUCUGUGGAGACGAUACCCGUUCAGAUUCUGAGCUGGAAGCCUAGGGCUUUAUACUUUCCGAACUUUGCUACUGCAGAACAAUGCCAAAACAUUAUCAGAAUGGCAAAAGUAAAUCUCAGUCCAUCAACCUUAGCUCUACGGCAGGGAGAAACAGCAGAUAAUACGAAAGGAGUCAGGACAAGUUCUGGGAUGUUUAUUAGUGCAUAUGAAGACAAAAGUGGAACCCUGGAUCAGAUUGAGGAAAAAAUUGCUAGAGCAACAAUGAUCCCCAGGAAACAUGGAGAGUCCUUCAAUGUCUUGCGUUAUGAGAUUGGGCAGAGAUACCAGUCACAUUACGAUGCAUUCAAUCCAGCUGAAUAUGGCCCACAAAAGAGCCAGCGGCUGGCUUCUUUUCUGUUGUAUUUAUCUGAUGUUGAAGAAGGUGGUGAAACCAUGUUCCCUUUAGAGAAUGGGCAAAACAUAGAUAGCAAUUAUGAUUUUGGGAAAUGUCUUGGUCUGAAAGUGAAGCCACGGACAGGAGAUGGGCUACUAUUCUACUCCCUGUUCCCAAAUGGCACAAUUGAUCCCGCAUCUCUCCACGGGAGCUGUCCGGUGAUCAAAGGUGAGAAAUGGGUAGCUACAAAAUGGAUCAGGGAUCAGGAGCAGGGCGAAGAGCUUUGAUGCCAUUUAAAUUGGAAACUUAACUGGCAUCCAUUUUGCCAGUAGUUGAAGUUCGCCCCAAUUUUUGCGUUGUAUAGCACAUUUACAUUUUAAUCACUAGAUAUAUUUGUGUUAUUCUAGCAACAAUGCAUGGGAACUGUAUGUAAAUUUCGGAUCAGUGAUAAAACCACUCUUAAUGA